GUUUUGAAAGAAUAAUUUGAAAACCAUCAUAAUAUUGAUAAAAAUGUUUAAUAUUGUAGUUUUCGAGGAUUUAAAAUAAAUUUUAUGUGAAAAUAAACGAUUAUGGAGCAAGAAAUUGAGCUUGCCGACGAAGUUCCAGCUGUUGAGUGGCUAAAUAAUGAUGAUCAAAUCGAACAAUUGGAUUUACAGACCAUCGCAAAUUUUAAUUUCAAUCGAGUUUCUUCAGAUGAGAUUAUUUAUCAAAAGAAACAGAAUAAAUGUAAAAUGGUUGGAAAAUAUGUGAUGGGAGAUAAACUUGGAGAAGGAAGUUAUGGAAAAGUCAAGGAAGUUUUGGACAGUGAAAAUCUCACGAGAAGGGCUGUAAAGAUAUUGGCUAAACGUAAACUUCGUAGAAUUCCAAAUGGUGAAAUGAAUGUUAGAAAUGAAAUUUUAUUUCUUAGAUCACUUAAGCAUAAAAAUGUCGUUGAAUUAAUUGAUGUUCUGUAUAAUGAAGAGAAACAAAAGAUGUAUCUAGUUAUGGAAUAUUGUGUUUGUGUGUUACAAGAAAUGCUUGCAUCAGCUCCAGAAUCUAAAUUGCCAUUAUUUCAAGCUCACAAAUAUUUCGUUCAGCUCAUUGAUGGACUAGAAUAUCUUCAUGGACAAGGAGUUAUUCACAAUGAUAUCAAACCAGGGAAUUUAUUACUAACGCUUGACGAUACGCUAAAGAUUUCAGAUUUCGGUGUUGCCGAGAAAUUAGAGUUAUUUGCGUCAAAUGAUAUAUGUACAAAAGGCCAAGGUUCUCCAGCAUUUCAACCGCCAGAAAUUGCAAAUGGACAUGACUCAUUUUCAGGUUCCAAAGCAGAUGUUUGGAGUUCAGGCGUUUCACUUUAUAAUAUCACAACAGGACUGUACCCAUUUGAAGGUGAUAAUAUUUAUCGACUGCUAGAAAAUAUUGGAAAAGGUGUUUGGAGUAUCCCAGAGGGACUGGAUCCCUUAUUAACUGAUUUAUUACUUAAUAUGCUACAAUUUGAUGCGAACAAGCGUUAUACGAUACCGCAAAUCCGAAAUCACAUAUGGUUUAAUUCUUCUCCAAUUGAUACAGGAAAUCGUGUUUUUGUUCCACCAUUAAAAGGAGAUGUUUCAAGGAGUUCCACAGUGUUGCCUUAUUUAGAAUCUUAUCAUUACGAGAGUCGUCAAAAUAAUGUAUAUUUCACUGAACAUGAUCUAAAUGAAGCAGAGGAAUUGGCCCGACAGCAACAAAUGCAAGAUUCAUCGUCAUCAUCUCAUCAAAUUAGUAAGAAAAAUAGUAUUUCUAAUGAUGAAGCUUAUUCGACGCGAGAAUCAUCAGACAUCAAUAAGAAGCGACGAACGAAAAAGAAAUUUAUAUCAUGCGUAAGUGUAAAAAAGUUAACGCAUUGUCGCCAAUCAUAAAGAUUUGUAAUAAUAAUUUACGAGGUGAUGCUACAUAAAAUCUAUAUACAACAUACAUCAAUGAAUGGAGAGAACUUUGGUCAUUCAGUUAUCUAUAAAUAUAUAUACUAUUAUUAUUUUGAAACCAUGCUUUCAAUAUCUAUAAAUGCUUUCAAAUUGCUAUGCUUAAUUGAAUUAUUUUAAAGAUUAUUUGACAAUUUUGAAUGCUAUAAAAAGGAGUUGGAUACCAAACAAUGCAAAAAGCUGCUAGAAUUUAAAUCCAGUGUUUUAGCUGAAUAAUAAGUGAUUAAUUAAAUGUUUAAAGCAUGUAUAGAUAUUGAAGGCUCCUUGCAAACAAACAAAAAAAAAUGUCCAACGAACCUUAUUCUACAAAAUUUCUUUUAAUUAAACAAUUAUUUUAAAGGUCC